AGGGCUCUACAUGUGCGUACUUCCUCACCGGACGCGUCUCGCGCUUUUGACUCGAGAAAACGCUGCUGUCUGCUACUAUCAGCUCUUAUAGAUCAUAAAGCCAUUUCAUUCUUCGAGACCAUGUUCCCUUGUCCCUAAGGGGUAUCCUCUCGUACUUCCCGUGACCAACAUAAGAAUAAUUUCGGCAGAACGAUAUGUAUAUAGUCAACAUCCGCCACCCGGGCUACGACGACGCCGUCAACAUCCUCUUCACCCUCCAAGCCCCAGAUGAUCCCAACGGCGGGUUACACGCCGAGACGGCACGAUUGGCCUGCUGCGCCGUCGCCGGAAAUCGGUGGGACGGCUACCUGAGCAUCGUCCAAAACGACCCAACGCCCGUGGUCACAGAAGAUGGCACCCUCCGACGGAAGGACUACUACUUCCACCUUCCCAGAGACAAAGCGGAACGUCAGCUGGAUGGUGCAGUGGCGUUGGUUGAUCGUCGCGAAGACCGCGAAGAGGGCCCGUACGCUAUCACUGCUAGAUUCGCGGAUUGGUCGUUUCCCAAACAUGGACUUCCCGAGUUAUGGACGUUGACGGGUAAGAGUGUACGCCGCCAAGCUGCUGCUGCGAAAAGUGGCGAGAAUGCGCCUCUACUUGAUGAGGACGGCGACCCGCUCUCCGAGGACGGAUGCCGGUUGUGCGGCGUUGAAGAGGAUAGUAAUUUGACCUGGCUUUGGGACUGCGACACGCCUUGGGACCAGCGACAUUUCGGGCGGGAGAUGGCGAAGAUGCAGAUCUCGAAAGAGUCGGCUUCGGAUCAUAAUGACUCUGACGGCAAUGUGUCGUCGUCCUCCUUGCAUGGUCGCGACGAAGCCGGUGGGCAGUCGCUUCAGCUAUUCUCUCCCUCAUCCGAGGACAGUCCGGAUGGAGGGGACGAAGAUACAGCGACGUCCUACACCGCUGCCUCGGAUGCGUCAAGCUCGUCCGAUCUGCUCAUGGACGACCUCAAUAUCCUGCGAAUCGGUAGGGACUGUUCAUUGGAAGAGGAGUCUUGCGAGACUUAUUCAGGGUACCUGGGCUUCCAAUGGCUUUUCGUUCCGAAAGGCGAGGGGGAUGGAGAUCCCGUCCUGAGUGCUCACAUUUUCGCGACGCAAGAAGCGGGCAUCAGAUCUGCGCAUAAUCGGCCGCUGCUCUCACUACUAUUCCUGACUGGUAUCAGCCCCUGACUGGUAUCAGCCCCCCCAACCCGCCCCGAUUCACCUGAAACACUCCCUAUCGCUACUUCACCUCCGUCCGACCUACUUUCAUAUGGCCACCUCGCCGCCGUUCCCCUCCUAUCGCCUACAAAUCGCGUCGGACCGUAUGUAGCCAGUCCGGUUUGUACGUUCCUUGCCCUACCUCGACCGUUA